UUCCGUUGUCAGGUGGUGCUGCUAUGGAAAGAUGUGAUCAGUUGUCCUAAGCAGGCUUUUCCCUCAAAACCCCUUUCGGUUAUCGUGAAAUUUCUCCGGUUCGAUUGAAGCAGACCGCCGUGCGGUGGAGUGUAAAUGUCAAUGCACACCUGCUGAUCGUAUAAUCGGCCAGAAAUGAGCGGGAAUUAGUGUACGACAGAGGAUUCCCUCGGCGCUUUCGAUCUGCAGAAUGUCCAAACGCCGUGCUUCAGACCGAGGGGCUGGAGAGUCAUCCGGCAGACCCAGUAAGCUCCUAUGUGCUGGGAUAUCUGGCAACAAUGCAAAGAGGGCCGGACCCUUUGUUUUAGGCCCGCGGCUCGGAAACUCUCCCGUUCAGAGCAUAGUGCAGUGUUUAGCCAGAAAAGAUGGGACGGAUGAUUUCUACCAGCUAAAAAUUCUGACACUGGAAGAGCGUGGAGACACAGCAGGAGAGACGCAAGAGGAAAGGCAGGGCAAAAUGCUCCUGCACACGGAGUAUUCUCUACUGUCACUGCUCUCCAACCAAGAGGGAGUGGUGCACCAUCACGGCCUCUUCCAGGACCGUUCCUAUGAGAUUGUGGAAGACGUGGAGGCCAACAAAGUGCGGAAGAUGAAAAGGCGAAUCUGCCUGGUACUCGACUGUCUCUGCGCCCACGACUUCAGCGACAAGACGGCCGACCUCAUCAAUCUGCAGCAUUACGUCAUCAAAGAGAAACGACUGAGCGAGCGCGAGGCCAUUGUUAUCUUCUACGAUGUUGUGAGAGUGGUGGAGGCUUUGCAUAAGAAGAAUAUUGUGCAUCGAGACUUGAAACUCGGAAACAUGGUGCUUAAUAAGAGGACUCAUCGGAUCACCAUCACGAACUUUUGCCUCGGAAAGCAUUUGGUGAGUGAGGAGGAUCUGUUGAAGGACCAGAGAGGCAGUCCAGCCUACAUCAGCCCAGAUGUCCUAAGUGGUCGACCAUACCGUGGUAAGCCAAGUGAUAUGUGGGCGCUUGGCGUGGUGCUGUUCACCAUGCUCUAUGGCCAGUUCCCAUUUUACGACAGCAUACCUCAAGAGCUCUUCCGUAAGAUCAAAGCAGCUGAAUUCUCCAUCCCUGAGGAUGGACGAGUAUCUGAAAGUACGGUGUGUUUGAUCAGGAAGCUUCUGGUGCUCGACCCCCAGCAGAGGCUCACUGCCACCGAGGUGCUGGAGUCUCUGAGCGCCAUCAUCGCCUCCUGGCAAUCAGUGUCCUCCUUAAGCGGCCCUCUGCAGGUGGUGCCUGAUAUAGACGAUCAGCUUAACCACCCCGAACACCUUCAGGAGGCCAAAGUCACAGAGGAGUCAUCUCAGUACGAAUUUGAGAACUACAUGAGGCAGCAGAUGUUAUUGGCGGAGGAGAAGAACACUAUUCACGAGACCAAGAACUUCCUCAGCAAGAGGCAUUUCGGCAACGUGCCUCCAGUGAGGCGUCUCGGCCACGACGCUCAACCAAUCAGCCCUCUGGAUGCCGCAAUACUGGCCCAGCGCUUCCUCCGCAAGUAACCCAAUGGGCGGGGUCACCGCAAGUGAAGGGAGCCACGGAGCUGGGCACACACGCUUUUUCGUAUGUAUUUUUGCGUGCGAGUAUGCAUGUGCGUGCGUUUGAGCACACAGUGUGUGUCUGGUAAACACGCACGGCCAAGGAACAGCUCAGCGCUCUUGCGAUAUUCAUCAGCCCUGGACGUGGCACACGGAAUGAAUGAGACACUGACCACCAACACCACCUCCACCAUGCCAAUCCUUGCCCAAAUCCGACACACACUCGCACACACAUUUUCAGCAAUACCCAAACAGAAUCAUGUAGCAAACCACACACAACCCUUCUCCACUCGAGUCCCCUAGCACUUUCUAUGUGAAAAGCCUCGGAUCACACGAUCAACCUUCUCGUCUGCCCCAUUCCUGUUCUCUUCCACCGGUUUGUCUGUAUAUCGCCCUCAUCUGUGUCUAUGACUGCAAAUCUACCUCUUACCGUUUUCAAUUUUUUCUUUUUUUCUCAGUCUGUUUUGAACAGUGUAAAGGACUCAUUACGUCGGGGGUUCGGACACAAGCACCGGCUCGAGAGCAUUAGCGUUGUGGUUGUGUAAUGUUUAUUGUGCAUCAAAACCAGUCACUGGUUUUCCAAAUAAGCUUUUCCUUUCCUCACCUACUAAAACGGUAGCAUUUUUCAUUGAAGAUGUUAAUAUCACAUUUAGCAAGCUAUAACCUCAUUACAGAAAUCUAGCAUAGCGCGGUUCUAGUCCUCUAUUUGAAUGGGUUUCUAUCGGCAGCUAGCGUCAAGCUAAUUAUUCUGUGUCUGGAUGCUUACAACCAUUGCUUUGCAUCUAAACCGGCUGAUACGGUACAGCAAAGCUCGAUUCACCAUUUCCUUGAUAUUCAACCUGGGAAAUGUAUUUUUAAGCACGGGAUCGUCAUGCCAUCCUUCCUCUUGCUUUCGUUCCAUCAAAAAGCCACGAUUUUCUUUGCGGUCAACCAAUCGCAAACCGUGGUGAAUAUUUUAGCAUGUGAUGCGCCGCCAAGGCGGACUCUUGAGGGGCACAUAGGGGCUAGUCUUCACAGGAUUGAACAGCUGGUUAGGGGAUGAAUCUGUCAGGAAGCAGGGCGGCUGAGCCGGCAGUCAUGCGGAAGUCUAAGCUAAGAUAAGCCCCGUAAGCUAAGUCCUUAAACCCUCCUUUUCCUUUGUGUUCCGCUGUCGAGAGCGCUCGUCCUCUGAUAGCACUCCAAACCAUCGAAGCGCAUCUUCUGCCACGUCCUGUAUCUCCGGUGCGUUCGCUCCCCGCACAGAUUUCAGCUGCAGCUCAGGGAUAGCCAUUUGGCCACUUGGGAACAUUUUCGGCCUCAAAGAAAGAAACCCAUUGCGUAGAGGACCAUUUCUUUGUUUUUUACUUUUGUUUUUCUCCACCCUCAUCUUCCUUUUCAUUUAUGGUUGGAAAGUUCUUCAUAAUCAUCGGGAAGGAAACGCCGUCAAAUUCACUUUGAAUGUGUUUCAUGCAUUUUCUCUUGUCAUGAGAAUAUUGCAUAAGUAACAGAUUCUCAUUUGACUGUUGUCCGAUCUCGUUUUAAGCUAGCCAUUUGUAUAAAGCAUACUUUUGGGAUAUCUUGCCUUAGAUUGUGACACAUUCUCAAUUCAACAGUCAAGUGAUGUACUUUUGAUGCUAGAAUAUGUCUUAGUAUACUAGGUGGUUGGCUUGCAUCGACCCGUGGCUUUAGUUUGCGAUGCCUUUAUGUCUGGCUCCACUUAUAUCGUUAGAUAGAAAGGCCAUUUAGUACUGUAGGUCUCCGAGUUCAUGACAAGCAACCUGGCUCGACCUUUUAUUUCCUUUUCAAAUAAGUAAAGCUUGACAUUACUUCCCUUUCUUUUUCUUCCCUUUUUAAUUUAUUAGCUGUUUAUAAUUCACCAACCUUAUUUUUCCAAGCUCUGCAUCAAUGGUUAAUGUAGAGAUCCUAUAUCACUCAAAAGCAUUGCUGUGAUCUCUCUUGAUUUGUAAUUCUUCUAUCUUCAGUGAAGGUUUAUUUCUUGGCCCUUUUUUGAUUCUCGAAUAAUCCUGUUGGUAUAUUAAGCUACACUAAUAUGGAGACUGGCUGCAUAGCUCUAUUUUCAAGUCGACUAAAUUAUCGUGCACAUUAGCAUGACAUGUAGAAGCAAUGUAGAGUUUAUCUUGUGAGAUUUUUAGCGCGCUCUGACCUGUGUGAAAAACAUCUUCAGGACUAAUGGUGUCAGCAACGCGACACCCGGUACAGGGUGUUAUUAUUCGAAAGAAUCACAUCAAUGUUUCCACAUACGACAUUAGUACUUAAAGUGAUGUUGCCUGCCACCAUUGAAAGCAUUAGUCUAUUCCCACCUCAAUGUGAAUUUUUGGUUAUAAAGCAGUAUUGUAGUGGAUGAUGUAUGUGAAUCAUUUAGAGGGGCUGUCUUUCUCUCAAAUUCAAAGGCGAGUGCCCCAAGGCUAUGUCCUGGAGCCACGUAGAGUUUCAAAAAAGCCAUUAUCUCAUAGCAAAUCUGAACGGUUGCGGUUGUGUAGUCUACCUAAAAACCUACGUGAAAGAAAAUAGCUUCUAUUAGUUUAGGAUGUUUGGUUAAUAUGCCCCUUACGCUGUGAUUGAGAAGAGUUUUCCCCUGAAUAGACAAUUUUGUGAUGUCUGCAGCAUGAGAAGUGUACGUUGUUCCAUUUUAAAGCAAUUCGUGCAUGAGUUUGAUUAGAAAAACGUGCCAAGAUGCAGCAGAAAUUGGAACAGUUGUGGGUGUCUUUAAAAAAAAGACAUUGCAUGGGAAGAAAUUAAAGGUUUAGUUUGACUUUGAUUUCUUUACCGUCUAGGACACAUUUGUGCAGAUAUUUGAUAAAUUGGGAGGUUCUCUUCAGAAUUGUUACUUUUGUUGCAUCUUUUCCUAAAACUGGAACAUUUAGACGAUCUGGUGUUAAAUGAAACAUGAUUCUUGUCAAAAGCCUAAACGUUUCACAAGCUGCUUGUUUAGAAAGGUGUCAAAAAACUUGUACAGAGAUGAAAAACAAAUUUGUAUAAAAGACAUAUUUUUGUACUUCAUCAAAUCUCUACAUGCAUGUCAGCAAUAAACUUUGAUAUGGAAAA